GGAAUCCAUCUUCUGCAUCCAGUACAACAUUCGCUCCUUCAUGAAUGUGAAGCACUGGCCCUGGAUGAAGCUCUUCUUCAAGAUCAAGCCCUUGCUGAAGAGCGCAGAGUCUGAGAAGGAGAUGGCCAACAUGAAACAAGAGUUUGAGAAAACCAAGGAAGAGCUUGCAAAGUCUGAGGCAAAGAGGAAGGAGCUGGAGGAGAAAAUGGUGGCCCUGCUACAGGAGAAAAAUGACCUACAGCUCCAAGUGCAGGCUGAAGCAGAUAGCUUGGCUGAUGCUGAGGAGAGAUGCGACCAGCUCAUCAAAACCAAAAUCCAGUUAGAAGCCAAAGUUAAAGAGGUGACUGAAAGGGCUGAGGAUGAGGAAGAAAUCAAUGCUGAGCUGACAGCCAAGAAGAGGAAACUGGAGGAUGAAUGUUCAGAGCUGAAGAAAGAUAUUGAUGAUCUUGAGCUAACACUGGCCAAGGUUGAGAAGGAAAAACAUGCUACUGAAAACAAGGUGAAAAACCUCACAGAGGAGAUGGCUGCUCUGGAUGAGACCAUUGUGAAGCUGACAAAAGAGAAGAAAGCCCUCCAAGAGGCCCACCAGCAGACACUGGAUGACCUGCAGGCAGAAGAGGACAAAGUCAAUACUCUGACCAAAGCUAAGACCAAGCUGGAGCAGCAAGUGGAUGAUCUGGAAGGGUCCCUGGAGCAAGAGAAGAAACUGCGCAUGGACCUUGAGAGAGCCAAGAGGAAACUGGAAGGAGAUGUGAAGCUGGCCCAUGACAGCAUAUUGGAUUUGGAAAAUGAUAAGCAGCAGCUGGACGAGAAACUGAAGAA